AUGUGCGGGGCUCCGCUCCGGCCCCGGCGCCAGGGGGACGGGGCGGAGGACAUGGCGGCGCACGUGGGGGCGUCGCGCACGCCGCAGGAGGUGAUGGAGCACUACGUGAGCAUGUACAUCCACGGCAACCUGGGCAAGGCCUGCAUCCCCGACACCAUCCCCAACCGCGUCACGGACCACACGUGCCCCAGCGGGGGGCCGCUCUCGCCCAGCCUCACCACGCCGCUGCCGCCGCUCGACAUCUCGGUGGCCGAGCAGCAGCAGCUGGGCUACAUGCCGCUGCGCGACGACUACGAGAUCGAGUACGACCAGGACGCCGAGACGCUCAUCAGCGGCCUCUCCGUCAACUACGAUGACGAGGACGUGGAGAUAGAGCUGAAGCGGGCGCACGUGGACAUGUAUGUGCGGAAGCUCAAGGAGAGGCAGCGGCGCAAGAACAUUGCCCGCGACUAUAACCUGGUGCCUGCCUUCCUGGGCAAGGAGAAGAAGGAGAAGGAGAAAGCUCCCAAGCGCAAGAUCACAAAGGAAGAGAAGGAGCCGAGGCUGAAGCUGCGGCCCCUCUAUCAGUUCAUGUCAUGCAAGGAGUUCGAAGACUUCUUUGAGAACAUGCACAAGGAGCGAGUGCUGCGGGCAAAGAUCCGGGAGCUGCAGCGGUAUCGGCGGAAUGGGAUCACCAAGAUGGAGGAGUCGGCGGAGUAUGAGGCAGCAAGGCACAAACGGGAAAAGAGAAAGGAAAACAAAAACAUAGCAAAUGCCAAGAAGGGCAAGGAAGAUGGGAAAGAAGGAGAAUUUGCUGCCAUUGAAAACCUGCCUGGGUUUGAACUCUUAUCGGACAGAGAAAAGGUGCUCUGCAGCUCCCUGAAUCUGAGCCCUGCACGCUAUGUAACUGUGAAAAGUAUAAUCAUUAAAGACCACCUCCAAAAGAGACAAGGAAUCCCCUCAAAGAGUCGCCUUCCCAGUUACUUAGAUAAGGUACUGAAGAAAAGAAUUUUAAACUUUUUGACAGAAAGCGGUUGGAUAUCCAGGGAUGCCUCAUGAAAUUCAGCUCACCUGAAAACCCCCUCCAAGGUGCCCUGUGGCC